GGCGGCCAUCGCUCGCUGCUGCCAAAAGCACGCAGGCACCCAUCGUAAAAAUAUAUUCUCACCCCGCCCCUUGGCCCUUGCCCGCGGGGGAGAGACAGGCCCACCCACGCUCCCGGGCCCGGAACGAGAUGGGUGGUGAGCUCACCGCUGCCUCGUGGUGGGCAACGCGAGGCGGCCGAAACUGACACACUCCCUCUCCGCUCUCUCUCUCUCUCUCGCAGCCAUGCUCACACACACACGCAGGCAGCAGUCACGCUGUGGGAGGGGCAGAGAAGCGAGCGACACAGGAAACUGACGUCGCUUUUGACGGCCUGCUACAUAAAUCCCCUCGCCUGCCUCCCUUCCCAUCUCCUUCCCCGCAAAAAUCGCCCGGGUGCCAGGUGCGCGGCGCAGGGAGGUCGCGACGGAUUCCGGGCAAGUGCAUGUGAGAUCCGAUGGUGGCGGCUGCAGCGGCGGCCGGCGGCGGCGCCGACGCGGGAUGCGGAGGCGGAGGCGGAGGCGGAGGGAAGGACGCGCUGUUCGUGGAGCUGUGGAAGGCCUGCGCGGGGCCGCUGUCCAGCGUGCCGCUACUCGGGGAGAAGGUCUACUACUUCCCGCAGGGCCACAUCGAGCAGGUGGAGGCAUCGACAAACCAUCUUGCCGAGCAUCAGGGCACGCCCCUCUACAACCUGCCAUGGAAGAUACCCUGCAAGCUCAUGAACAUGGAGCUGAAGGCUGAGCCGGAUACUGAUGAGGUGUACGCCCAACUCACCCUGCUCCCUGAUAAGAAGCAAGAUGAGAAUACAUCUGCAAGAGUGGAGAAUGAGGAGGCAGAGGAGGAGGUGGUGCCUCAUGUGCCACCAGCCACAAGUGAGGGGCUUCGCAUCCAUUCCUUCUGCAAGACAUUGACUGCCUCAGACACAAGCACACAUGGUGGUUUCUCAGUGUUGCGCCGGCAUGCAGAUGAGUGCCUCCCACCACUGGAUAUGAGUCAACAUCCCCCAAAUCAAGAAUUGGUGGCCAAGGACCUGCAUGGGGUUGAGUGGCGGUUCCGUCACAUCUUUCGAGGUCAGCCACGGAGACACCUCCUUCAGAGUGGUUGGAGUGUUUUUGUUAGUGCCAAGCGUCUUGUUGCGGGGGAUGCAUUCAUAUUUCUCAGAGGUGAGAAUGGGGAGUUACGUGUUGGAGUUCGGCGUGCACUGAGGCACCAAACCACUAUCCCAUCUUCAGUCAUAUCAAGCCACAGUAUGCAUCUUGGUGUUCUUGCAACAGCAUGGCAUGCAGUGAACACUGGGAGUAUGUUCACUGUCUACUACAAACCAAGGACUAGUCCAGCUGAAUUUGUGGUUUCACGAGCUAGGUACUGUGAAUCACUGAAACGAAAUUAUUCAAUAGGGAUGAGGUUUAGGAUGAGAUUUGAAGGUGAAGAAGCGGCAGAGCAAAGAUUCACUGGCACAAUAGUUGGAAUAUGUGUUUCUGAUCCAUCUGGCUGGGCUGACUCGAAAUGGCGUUCCCUUAAGGUGAGAUGGGAUGAAGCUUCUUCUGUUCCUCGUCCUGAAAGAGUUUCUCCUUGGCAAAUAGAACCUGCUGUUAGCCCAUCUCCUGUGAACCCUCUUCCAGUCAGAUUCAAGAGGUCUCGUUCAAGUGUUAACGCCUCACCAUCUGAUGUGUCUACUGUAAACAGAGAAGUUGCUUCUAAAGUCAUGGUAGAGUCGCAACAGAAUAAUCUCCCAAGGGCCUUGCACAAUCAAGGAAGGACACAAUUGACAGGUCGAUACCGUGAUAGCACUGAUGUGAAGACUGCUCAGGAUCUUACCAUGUGGUCUUCAGGAACUGAGCAACAGAGAAACAAUAUUGCUGCCCAGACAAAACGAUGUCUGGAGGGUUGGACGCAAUCUAGAACUCCAGAAGGUUACAAUCAACUGUUCUCGGCAUUUCAACCACUGAAGGAUGCACAUAAUCCACUUCGUCCUUUUCCUAAUAAAAUAUCUGGGACUCGCUCAAGUACCUGGGUCACAGCCGAUGCCCGUUAUCCAGCUCAACAAGCCAAUCACAACAUGUUACAUGGCACAUUGUCUUUUAUGCCUCAUAGCAGUGGUUUUAGGAUGAUUCAACAGAAUAAUCUAGUGACACCUGAAGCUGCAAAUUUUACUGGGAAAUCAGCUUUCACUUCACUUCAGGGCCAUGUCACUGAUCAGUGCUCCACAGGCUGGUUUGGAUCUAUUGAGUCAAAUUCCCACACAGACCAUGCAUCGUCAAGUUUGAUCAGGUCCCAGCCUUUGGUUAUUGGAAAUGAUGUUCAGAAAACCAAAGGCACUUCAUUCAAACUAUUUGGGAUUCCUCUUGGCAGUCCAGAAAAAUCUGAACCUCUGGUAUCCCCACCAAGUGUCGCAUAUGACGGGAAACUUCAAACUUCUCCAACAGACAACAAUGAGCCUUGUUCAGAAGCUACCCAGAAUAUCCAGAACAAAGUGCAAAGUAGUUCAACCAGAAGCUGCAAGAAGGUCCAUAAGCAAGGCAGCGCCCUCGGGAGAUCGAUCGAUCUAACAAAGUUCGCUUGCUACGAUGAGCUGAUUGCCGAACUAGACCAGAUGUUUGACUUCGAUGGUGAGCUGAAGAGUCCUUGCAGGAACUGGUUGGUCGUCUACACUGACAACGAAGGCGACAUGAUGCUGGUCGGCGACGACCCCUGGAAUGAGUUCUGUGACAUGGUCCACAAGAUCUUCAUCUACACAAGGGAGGAAGUGGAGAGGAUGAACCCAGGCGCCCUAAACGCGAGGCUCGAAGACUGCCUGUCUGACUCGCUGGGAAGAGGGCUGGCUUCCAAAGAGCCCCGGAGCGGCCCCUCGACUUCGGCUGUCGAUUCUGAGAACCGCGCUAACUUGUCCACCCUUUUGAAAGUGGUGAAGCAGACAAAAGGCCACGUGUCAGAGUGACCGGAAGAACGAGAAAGGGGUGUGUUUCAGUGGUGUGUAGUAGGUAGGUAAUUUUGUGUGUAUGCCUCCGGGUAAAAGCCCCGCGGUACCCAGUUUGUAGAUGGUGCUUCUCCUGGUGCUAGUUUCCCGUCGUAAGCUGGAUUUUUUUGGGGGGUGUGUGCCCUGCUCUGUGUGCUGACCCGCCUGGGGGUAAGUUGUAGCAGAGCAGGAGAAAGCAGGCAAGAAACCGCUGGUGCGCCUGCUUGGCCAAUCCUUUUCCUUGCGGAGCGCUGUAAAUAGCCUUGGAUCUGAAGCGUAGUAAUGUAUUGUCAUGGUACUCGAAGUCA